UUGUCAAACAAAGCACCAGCCUGCUGAACGACGAUGUCACUCCCGCCGCCUUCUGGGUCACCAAUCCCAACAACAUCAUCCGCCACAACGCCGCCGCGGGGGGCACCCACUUCGGCUUCUGGUACCGCAUGCACCAGCACCCCGAUGGCUCAUCCUACGAUCCAAACAUCUGUCAGAAUAGGGUUCCCAUCGGUGAAUUUUACAACAACACUGUGCACUCUCAGGGCUGGUUCGGCCUUUGGAUCUUCCCAGAAUAUUUCCCCAUGAAGGACGGCGCCUGCUAUUCCAAUACCCCCAAGCCAGCUGUCUUCAACUCACUCAUCACUUGGAACUGCGAGAAAGGUGCUGAGUGGGUCAACGUAGGCGCUGUGCAGUUCAACAGCUUCAUCAUGGUCAACAAUGAGAAAGCCGGCAUUGAAGCCAAGCGUAUCCUGCAGUGGGCCGUGAGCGGCUUUGGAGAGGUUGGAGGGGCAACAAUGUCCAACAGCACCAUUGUGGGCCAUGUGGACGAGCUCGGACUGGGAGAUGACUACUGCACGCAAAGAGGCAUCAUUGUGCCAUUGGAUGAUGGCCUCAGUGUCCUUAACACCAAGUUCAUCAACUUCAACCAUAGCUCUUGCACAGCCAUCGGGUUAGCCUCAAUCAUUGGGACGUGUGUGGACCGGUGUGGUGGCUGGGCUGUCAAGUUUAGUGGAGUCCAGUACAUCAACUCGCCAAACAAGGCUGGCUUCAGGUGGGAGCAUGAGGUACAACUGGUGGACAGUGAUGGCUCCCUCACAGGAAACAUCAACCAUAAAGUUGUGCCUGUGAGCCCCUUACUGGACCCUGCUCACUGUUCGCAGAGGGCUGAAUGGAGUGUGGGUUUCCCCGGCGCUGUGUGCGACCACACCGUCAACUUCCAUCGUUUGGGGUUCAACAAUCCAUCACCGAGCUCGUUGCUUGGCAAGGAUGUCAUCUUAACCAACUCAUAUGGCACCAGUGUGAUUCCAUUUUUGGAGAAGACAAUGACUCAUAAUCUUGGCUGGAUGGCCUUACUGCCUUCUAGACAAACGUACAACUGGUACUUUAAAAAUGUGGACCAGAUCACCAACAUCAGUUUUACUGCAAGAUUCUACGGCUUCAAGCCGGAUCAAUAUGUGAUCAUCAACCACAACUUCACCCAGAGUCCAGACAGAUUUCGCAUCAUCGAUGACAGGAAUGGCUCAUCGACACCGCUGACCUUCAGCAAUAACAAGAACGGAGACUGGUACUUCAACAAGAGCUCCAACAACCUCUACUACAUCGUGUCUGGGAAGACCAGCCAACGCAGGCGUCGGGACACCGUCGACCGCUCCAUGGUUGACUCUGAUGUGAAUUUGGGGGUCUACAGCUGCUUCUACCCCAACUGCAUCCCACCUACACCACCACCUCCAGCUACACUCGCCCCCUUACCCAACAGCCGGCCUGCCAACUUCAUUCGGUGGUCUGAUUCCUCUUUCUGGAAAAGUUCAGCUGAAAAUAACUUCACAUUACCAACAGAGGGUGCUGAUGUGGUCAUCCCAUCCGGCAAGUGGAUCGUUUUGGAGAGCGACACUCCUCCCCUCAACAAGCUGACUGUCAUUGGAGUUCUUGAGAUCCCCGACACCAUGAAUAGCUCAUCCACCAAACAGGCUCAAUACAACACUGUGGUGAUAGAUGCUGUCUACAUCUCUAUCCAGGGUGGCAGGCUGAUUGCAGGAUGGGGCGAGCCGUUCAGAGGUCAGCUGCACAUCAAACUGAGAGGGAACCACCGCACUCCUGAUUGGCCUCUGCCUAAUGGACCCAACCAGGGAUCCAAAGUCCUGGGUGUGUUUGGUAGUCUGGAGCUCUAUGGACUACCUCACAAUGUUUACCACACCAAACUCGCUGCUACUGCUCAGGCCGGAUCCAACACUCUGACCCUGACGCAGUCUGUGGACUGGCAGGUUGGAGAGGAGGUCGGCAUCUCCACCACCAGUUACAAUGCCUGGGAGACAGAAAAACGUCAGAUAACAGCCGUGUCAGCAGACGGCCGAGUCCUGACCCUGAACCAGCCUUUGACCCACACUCACAUCAGUGAGACUCACUCUGUCUCAGGCACAUCAUUCUCCUACACUCUGGCAGCUAAUGUUGCUCUCCUGACCAGAAACAUUAAGAUCAUCGGUCAGGAGUAUCCAGAGAUGAUGCAGGAGUCAUUUGGGGCCAGACUUUUGGUGGGCACCUACUCCUGGGCUGGUAUCAACUAUAAAGGCAAAGCUCAGAUCAGGAAUGUGGAGUUCUUCCACUCUGGUCAGGAAGGCUGGACCGACGACACUGACCCUCGUUAUUCUGUGGCUUUCCUAAACCUGGGAAAGGUUUCAGGAGACACAAUUCAAGGUUGUGCUUUCCACGAGGGCUUCUCUCCAGCCAUCGGAGUCUUUGGAACAGAGGGACUUAACGUUGACAACAACAUCGUCCAUCACACUGUGGGAGAAGGUAUCAGAAUUUGGGGCAACAACAUAACCGUGAGGUGGAACCUGGUGAUGAUGACGCUGUGGCCUGGAUCAUAUCAGGACAGAGAGGAGCCCUUCAACCUAGCCUGGAACGCUGCCAUUGAGGUCAAUGAGGGGACAAAUGUGGUGCUGCAGAAUAACAUCGUGGCAGGCUACGAGAGAGUCGCUUAUCGCAUUGAUGGUGAACCCUGUCCAGGUUAUUUUAACGGGAAUCAGAAGUGGAUUAACAACGAGGCUCACGGUGGUCUGUUCGGAAUCUAUCUCAACAAAGACGGUUUGCCCGGCUGCAGUCUCAUCCAAGACUUCUUCAUCUGGAGGAGCUUUGACUACGGCAUUUACUUUCAGACCAUCACUGAUGUUGUUGUUUCCAAUGUGACCCUGGUGGACAACGGGAUGGGCAUCAUGCCGCUCAUCUUCGCUCCUCCUUCUCUCUCUCACUCAUAUGCGGAUAAAACUGUAACCAUUCAGAAUGCUUUGAUUGUUGGCAGCAGCCCGAGCUUUAACUGUUCAGACACUUUGCCUUCCACUGAUUUUAACAUUAAAAUCAGUAAUGGACAUCGAGCCCCAAGACCUCUCAAAGGUGGCAGAUCUGGAAUCUGUUGGCCGACUUUUGGAUCUCAACACAACAACGCUCCAGUGAUGGCCCAUCAUCUGAACAACAACUACAAUGCCAUCAAAGGACUGAUGAAAGUCAAAGACACAACAUUCAUCGGUUUCCGAAACGUCUGCUCCAGUGAGACAAACUUCAUGUUCAUCACCAACCCACUCAACGAGGAUCUGCAGCACCCUGUGCAGGUUUCAGCCAUCAGGAUGACGGACAGCACAGAGGAGGCCAAAGUCUUUGUCCACAGGCCAGAUCUGAGUAAAGUGAACCCGUCUGACUGUGUGGACAUGGACUGCGAUGCGAAGAAGAAGAGCUUGUUGAAGGACUUGGAUGGUUCGUUCCUGGGUGCAGUGGGAGCUGUAGUGCCUCAGUCUGAGUACGAGUGGGGAGGUGAUCCCAGGAGGGGGCUGGGCGACUACCGCAUCCCAAAAGUCAUGCUCACUUCCCUCAAUGGGAGCCGCAUACCUGUGAACCAGAUCGCUCCACACAAAGCUCCACCGCGCUGUGGAAGCACACAUGGAGGUUGCCCGCCGCUCACCACACUGGCUUACACUGAUCGGGAAUGCCAAGGUGACGACCGCCUCCACGGAGUCACCGACCUCACGGCGCGAGGAGAAGUUGCCAGCGGCACCCCGCCGAUCACAUCCUACGAGUUACACA